AUGGUGAUUGCCUCUGACACUGUUGACUGUUCAACUACUGCUAAAAAUAUUGGGGUUAUUUUUAAUAACUCUCUAUCGAUGUUGCCGCACGUUACUGCUGUUUGCAAGUCUUUUUAAGAUUCGCAAGUUUCUUUCUUACGAUACAUGUAAAACUCUAAUUCACGCCUUUGUUACUGUAAGGAUCGACUAUUGUAACUCAUUGCUCUACGGUCAGCCUAAAUGUAUCUUGAAACGUUUACAGAGUGUCCUAAAUAGUGCUGCUAGGCUUAUUCACCUUACUAGUAGAUAUGAGCGUGUUACGCCGUUGCUUAUUCAACUUCAUUGGCUACCAAUUGAACAAAGGAUAACUUUCAAAAUUGCAGUAAUCGCAUUUAAGGCGCUUCAUGGUGCUGCACCUAGCUAUAUCACUGAUCUCAUCAAGCCUUUUACGCCUGGUAGACUUCUUAGAUCUUCCAAUCAAUUUUUACUUUCUACAUCUAAAUUUAAUCUUAAAACUUAUGGUGGCCGGUCCUUUACUAUUGCUGCACCUUCUGUUUGGAAUGCACUUUCAUUCGAACUUAGAUCUUGUAAUUCCCUUUCUUCUUUU